AAACUCAAAGUAAACUCAUCAACCGAUUCUCUCUCAAGCUAUAUUUCUAUUUCUUUCUCUUUUUUUCUUUUAAGCUAAACUACAACUUCUAAUAUCUCUCUUUCCAUCUGUAGACUUCUGCAAAGUCUCCUUUCCACAAACGUCCCCAUUUCCGUUUUCUCCCUGCUUGUUUCUCAGAAAACAAGCAGAGCAAUAAUAAACCAAACCAAAACCAAACCCUUGUAUGAUUCUUGGUUAAGGACGAUCAUUUGCAUGGCUCGUUUCAGAGAACUUGUGUUUUCGUCUCUGAUAUCAGCACUUCUCGGGAGCUGUGUGUUUGGUCGUUUUGUGGUGGAGAAGAGUAGCAUAAGUGUGUUGUCUCCGUUGAGUUUAAGAGCAAAACAUGACAGUGCAAUAGGAAACUUUGGUUUACCAGAUUAUGGUGGGUUCUUGGUGGGUUCCGCCAUGUAUAAUGAAAAAGAAGCUUUAGGGUGUCAGCCUUUCGAUGGUGAUAAGCCUUUCAGGUCUAAGACUUCUCGUCCCACAAUUCUCCUUCUCGAUCGUGGAGAAUGCUACUUUGCUUUGAAAGUUUGGAAUGCUCAACAAGCUGGAGCUGCAGCAGUGUUAGUGGUUGAUAGUAUGGAUGAGCCACUAAUAACUAUGGACUCUCCUGAGGCAAAUGGUAAUGCAGAGGGGUACGUAGAGAAGAUUCAAAUCCCAUCAGCAUUGAUAGAGAGAUCAUUUGGUGAGAGCUUGAAGCAAGCCUUGAAGAAUGGAGAAGAUGUUGUGAUCAAAUUGGAUUGGCGAGAGUCGGUUCCCCAUCCUGACCAGAGAGUUGAGUACGAGCUUUGGACAAACAGCAAUGAUGAAUGUGGCACUCGAUGCGAUGAACAGAUGGAUUUUGUGAAGAGUUUCAAAGGUCAUGCUCAGAUCCUUGAGAAAGGAGGUUACACAUUGUUUACGCCACACUAUAUUACAUGGUAUUGCCCACAAGCUUUUAUUCUUAGUAGUCAGUGCAAAUCUCAGUGUAUAAACCAUGGGAGAUACUGUGCACCUGAUCCAGAACAGGAUUUUGGGGAGGGAUAUCAGGGGAAAGAUGUUGUGUAUGAGAACUUGAGGCAGCUUUGUGUCCAUAGAGUUGCCAAUGAGAGCGGGCGAUCUUGGGUUUGGUGGGAUUAUGUGACAGAUUUCCAUAUCAGGUGUUCUAUGAAAAAGAAGAGAUAUAGCAAAGAAUGUGCUGAGGAAGUUCUGAAAUCACUUGAUCUGCCUGUUGAUAAGAUAAAGAAGUGCAUGGGCGAUCCUGAAGCUGAUGUAGAGAAUGAAGUGCUGAAAACCGAGCAAGACCUCCAGGUUGGGAAAGGGUCUCGUGGUGAUGUUACCAUCUUGCCAACAUUAGUUAUAAACAAUGUUCAGUACCGAGGAAAAUUGGAGAGAACUGCUGUUCUGAAGGCGAUAUGUUCUGGAUUUAAGGAGACCACUGAUCCUCCAAUCUGCUUAAGUUCAGAUCUUGAGACAAAUGAGUGUCUUGAAAGAAAUGGAGGCUGUUGGCAGGAUAAAAGAUCUAAUGUAACUGCUUGCAAGGACACGUUUAGGGGAAGAAUAUGCGAGUGCCCAGUCGUGAAAGGUGUGCAGUACAAGGGAGAUGGCUAUGCAUCUUGCCAAGCUUUUGGACCUGCAAGAUGUACUAUGGAUAAUGGAGGAUGCUGGUCCGAAACGAAAAAUGGGUUAACUUUUUCAGCCUGCUCAGAGUCCCAUUUAUCAGGCUGUCAAUGCCCGGAAGGCUUUCGAGGGGACGGUCAUGAUAAGUGUGAAGAUAUCAAUGAAUGCAAAGAAAGUACUGCUUGUCAGUGUGAUGAUUGCUCCUGCAAGAAUACUUGGGGUUCGUACGAGUGCAAGUGCAAGGGAGACCUCCUUUAUAUUAAGGAACAAGAUGCUUGCAUUGAAAGAAACGGAUCGAAUUUCGGAUGGUUCCUCACCUUCGUGGUCGUAGCAGUUGUUGGAGGAGCUGGUUUUGCUGGUUAUAUAUUCUACAAGUAUAGACUUCGGUCUUACAUGGACUCGGAGAUCAUGGCUAUCAUGUCACAGUACAUGCCACUUGACAACCAACAUAAUAAUGAAGCUACAGCUGAAGCUCAACCUCUGCGACAGGCCACAUCUGUCUAAGAUCCAAUGGCAGCUCUUACAUGAGGCACAGACACGUCGACUUCUUCAUCGACAUUACAUUACCAGGACUUUGGAGAAAUUAAUUAGAAGUACUUCGGAUAAAUUUUCUUUUCUUUUCUUUUCUUUUUUUGGCUGUAAAUAGAAUAGUUGAGGUGUAAAUUUAGCUUCAAGGAUUAAUAAGGACACAAAUGAAUCGAAGGUGGAAGAAUAAACAAAAGAAGAUGAAAUAGUGCUUUAGUAGAUGUUAGUAAAUUUUAGAAACAUGGUGUUCCCUGUUUUAUUCAACACUUUUAUAUAUUUCCAUCUAAAAGGUAGUUUUUUUCUAUUAUUA